AUGUCUUAUGUAGAACAUGGACCUCGUGUUUUCUUAAUUGGUAGACACAAUAGUAAUAUGCCAUUAGCUUAUGGUGAUUAUAUUGUUCCACAAAAGAGAUUGGAAGGUCGUUUAAAAAUGUAUGAAUCUUGUUCAGAUAUUAGAGCAUGGAGUUCUAAUCCUUUAGAAACUUCACAAUAUUUUCGUGAACUUGCAGAACACACUUCUCCGUCUGGAAAAAUAAUACCAUUUAAUGUAGUUGUCGAAAACAUCAUAGGUCUUACUUCGCAAGCCCAAAAUGAAUUACAAAUAUUACAUUAUCAAAAAGAAAAACAGUAUAAGGACAAUGGCAUAUUAAAAGCAUCAUCAAAGGAAAGCUUUAAAAUGAUCAAUAAAUCUAUUUCUUUGCCACAUUUAGAUUCAUAUUUAUCUAUUCAAUUUAAUCGUGAACAAAAUAUUCAAUAUAACGAUAGACAUUAUCAUCGAGGCUUUUCAUUGUUCAAUCAGAUAGAUUCGUUAUCAUGCAAAGCUUCUUAUUUAUUGCCAAAGUUAAAAUCAAUAUAUUUUCCUAUCAAAAGUAGGAACGUUGAAAGAAAGAAACAUUUCAAUGUGAAUAAUACAAAUAUUCUUACAAAUUUAGAAGAUAAAUAUACACAAGUUGCAUGUAUAGAAUGUGCUGAUAUAUCUGUUCAAGUUAUAUGGGAUGUGUACGAGACAGGAACACAAACUGAUUGUCUAAUGGAGUACACAACAUCUAGCGAAACUAAAAUUUCUUCGAUCAGAACUGAAUCGCAAAUAUCUACGUAUAAAUAUGAUUAUAGAAAUAAUCAUGAAAUUGAACGAGAAAACAUAAUCAUUCCUGCAAAUAAAUAUAUAAGAAAAAGUUCUUAUAUAGAAUCAUAUCAGAUUGAGAAUGAAUCUGAAUCUAAUAGUAUCAAUGAAAGUGAAUUUGAUAAUGAAUUUAAUGAUCAAUUUCAUAAAGAGAUUAUUAUUCAAAAGGAUAGCGAAAUAAUUGCAAAAGAAGCUGAAGUUGAAGAAUUAGAAAUUAUGUUGAAGGAAAAGGAUGAAACUUUGAGUACCCUUAGAAGAGGACUUCAAUUAUACACAAAUACGUGUAUAAUGGAACAAUUAAAAAUGGAAUUGAGUCAAAAGUGUGAUUUAUCUUUUUUACAAUCACAAGAAAUAGAGAAAUUAAGAUUACAUAUUAAAGAUACUACUAUUUUACUUGCCGAAAAAGAUUCGUUAAUGAAAAAGGUAAAAGAAAUGGAACAUCUUUCAAAAGAAGCAGAAAAUUAUCGACUUGCUCGUGACGAAUUAAAAGAAGCUUUACGCGAGAAGGAUGAAUUACAAAAACAAAAUUUAGAACAAAAAUGUAUACUUGGUGAUCAAGAGGAUGAAAUAAAACGUCUAUUGAUAUUAAUACAACAAAUGUCUAGUACUCAUAAUGAUAAACAGAAUAUUUGUAGUCGUGUAAAAUGUGAACAUGAUACUUGUGAACGAACCAAACGUAAAUUAUGCAUUGUAAGUGCUUUAAUGGAGGAAUUACAAAGAUCUAAAUUGGAAAAUAAAGGAUCUUUAUACGAAAUAGAAAAUGUUAAGAAACAUUCUAAAGAAUCAAUAUGUAGUUCUCAUUUAAAUUAUCAUUUCAUUUCAUCUGAUUCUAAUUCAGAAGUCGAUGAAUCCAAUGCAAUGAUGCUCAAGCAAACACAGACAUCACAAAAUUAUUUAUUAGAAAAUACACAAUUCAAUUGGUCUGAUACUGAAAUAAUUAAUAAUACGGUAAUGCACGAGUAUACAGAUUUUGAAAAUCAUUCAAAUAAAGAUACCUCUGAACCAGAUUCAUGGAAAUCAGCAAAAACUGAAGUAUCAAUAUUAACUAUCAAUGAUAAUACAAAUAUUGAAAAUAUGAUAGUUGAAGAAGUAUCAAGAUCACUUAUAAGAAUGCAAUUUCUUAUGAAACAAUUACAAGUCUUCAGACAACAUUAUGAAAAAUGUAAACCACGUAAAAAUGUAACAUCCUUAAACAAAGAAUCACAAGAAACUUCAAUUAAAAAUCAAUUGUUAGAUCUAAGCGAUGAAUACAUUGACAAGAUUUUGACAACUCAAUUGAAAUGUUCUAUUAAUAAAUUAAAUGAACUAUCUAAAGCUCUUAAAGAAAAGAUACGAAUGGGUGAAGGUGAUUACGUGAGACCGGAAAAAUCAGAAUGGGAUUUAAUUAAAGAAAAUUUCAAAGCACUUGAUAUAGAACUCAAUGAAAAAAAUCAAUUAAUUAAAGAAUUGCAAGAUACACAUAAAUCCAAUACUGUUACAUUAUCGGCGUAUAUUACAGAAUGUAAUGAAUUAAAAUUAGCUAAUAAGAAUCUUAUGGAUAUUAAAAAUUCAUUAUUAAAAGAAUGUAAUAUAAGAAGUGACGAAUUGGAUUCAUUGCAAGAAGAAAAUACUAAGCUGCGAAAGAAAUUAGAUGAUGCUAAUGAAAUCAUUUGGGAAAAUAAUAAAUUAAUGAAAGAAUUAAAAGAUAAACGAGAGGAUGAUAAACAUAAUUUUGCAUCGAAGCUUCUUGAAUAUCAUACCGUGCUUGCUAAAAGAGAAAAUAUAAUUAAUAAUUUAGAAAAUGAAAAUUCAUCCAUAAACGAUCAAUUGAAAUAUGCGGAGAAUAAAAUUGUAUCAUUAAAUGUAACGAUGAAAGAAUUACACGAACAAAAUAAUGAAAUGAAAACGUUAGACAUACUUUACGAUUAUAUUUCUAAAGUGGAAAAUAAUAAAACACGAUUGGAAUCAAAAUCAACGAAGUAUAAAUUGGAAUUAUUAAAUUAUGAAAAUAAAGAUGCAUCUACAGAGAUACAACAUAAACAGACAAAACUGCAAGAAGACAAAUUAGGAAUUUUAAAAAAUCAUAAUUUAAAGCUUACAAAAAAUCAUGAUUCGUUUAAAACAUUGAUGAAUUUACAGAAACAUUUUGUACAUGAUAAGGAUGAAAAUAAAAGUAAAGUAAAACAUUUCUUUCAAAAUACUACUAAGGAAGAAACGAUAUCUUUUGAUUCAACAACUAAUCAUACAAAUAAAUACAAAAAUAUCUUAAAUUCAAGGUAUGCUUUGCAUUUAUAA